GUCCUUAACAUCAUUCGUGUAGGAAAAGCACUCUCAAGGCUGGCUUCAAGAAACCAACUGAAAUUUUAUUUAUUUCUUCAGCCAAAAUGUCAUCAGGUGACUUCCCAGAGGACAGCCAGUCAGCAAAAUUAGUAAGAAAAGCAAAGGAGUCCCCAUUUGUGCCUAUAGGUUUAGCGGGAUUUGCUGCUGUUGUAGCCUAUGGACUUUACAAACUGAAGCACAGAGGGAACACUAAAAUGUCUGUGCACCUCAUUCACAUGCGUGUAGGAGCUCAGAGUUUUGUCGUAGGAGCAAUGGCUAUUGGUGUACUUUAUUCCAUGUACAAGGAAUACUUAGCCAAGUCCGAGGAGUAGAAGAAAGAAGAGCCAGAAACCUGCCAACAUGGGGAAACAAUUUUCUUUUAUUUCUGAAAUAUUUUUGUGUUUUAAGUGUGUUAAAUAUGUGACACUGUUAUUUAAAUAUGUGAUACUGUUAUUUAUAAGUGUAAUAAAAUAUCUGUAGUGCUGUAUUUUUAAAAUGUUAUUCUGCAGUGCUGCAGAUAGCAAGCUACUCGUACAUUUUGUAGUGGUAUUUGAUACAUAACACCUGUCAGCAAAGUGUUUAAUAGACCAUUGUCAAACAUUAAAUGCAGUACCAUUCAUUCA